AUGAGCAGUAUAUUUAAACGUGCAUUAUUCCGAUGCAUAGCACAAAAAAAAUUCCGAUACCGGGAGUCGAACCCGGGUUUGCUCGGUGAAAGCGAACCGUGCUAG